GUAGCCACUUUGAAUGAUGUGUUGGAUACUCGGAGGGAUAUGCAUCAUCAAUCACAAUUUACCAAAUCACUUCCGGCUUCGGUUGCUCGGCAGUCGGCACUGAAAGGAGGCGGCUCACGGCGAGCAACGAUGUUGCCUAAGGGAAACGAAGAUUCUGAUCAAAGCAUUUCCGAGGCAAAAUAAACUGUGCAUUGAUGAUGAUGUCGAGCUUCCUGUUUUCAACAAUGAAAACCAUGUCAGUGUGGCUUCUGCUUGCAAUUCAGACAAGGAAAUUGGGUUCUUUCCUGUUUUGGAUUGUAUAUGCAAUUCUGAUGAGGAGAUUAUUUCUGAUGAUGAGAAGCUAAAUGUUGGAAGUCUUAAAUGUGAGAGGGAGAGCACACUCUCAAGAGGAAACAAACAUUCUGAGGCAUUCUAUUUCAACGAUGAAAAUUUUGGCUGCUCAUUAGUGUGUGGUAUCUCAUCGGAUCCUAUCAAUCCAGCUAAUGGAAGACAACGGACAGUCAAGCACCGAUGUUUAUUACAUUUUGACAGAGAAAGGGGAGCUAUUCAUUCUGUUGUUGGGGGUGAAUCCAGUAAAUGCAGCAUUUCGUCUCAGUUUCCAUUAAAUGAAAAAUUACGCACAGAUCCGCAUAUGAUUGAGAAAACUAUUUUGGGGGAUUCUUUGUUUAAUGUGCAAGAAAAUAAAAUAGAACUGACAGGGAAUGAUAUGGCACGAUCUGACUUAGCAACUGAACUCAAAUCUAGUGAGCGUUCAAUGGCUGAGCUUCUGGAUUGUUUUCAGGAGAAGAAGCGUUUGCAGUUGGGGAAUCCUAUGAAGCUAAAUAAUAUAAAUGAAACAGGGGUUAAAAACUUUUCAAGGAGAAUUGUAUCAACAUUGGGUGAAGGGAUUGCAAUUGAUGAUAAUAUACCAUCGAGUGAUGGUGAGGAAACCCCUCAAGUUUUAAAAGCUUUUGUCCCUAAGAAAACCAUUGCAGACCAAUUUGAUGAAGCUCUAGGAAGUGCAACUAGAAAUGGCGGAAUAUCGCUUUUUUCAGCUCCUGAGCUCCACUGUAGUGGGUUAUUUGUUAACUUGCAACGUGUCAUACUGAGUGAGAAGGAAAGUGAUCAAAUUUUCAUGAACCACAUGUCGAAAGACACUGUUCUGGAUGGUGAUAAAACCUGUAUUGAUGUGAGGAUUUUGUCAAGCUCUUUGGAGGCAAAGAUGACCAUUUGUCAAUGUAUUUUAAUAAAAGGAGAAGAGGUAUGAAGUGUUCUAAAGUGGGAAAACUCCUGUGCAUCACGUAUGGAUGUAUGACUACCAGUAAAUAAUUAAGUCACCAUUAAUAUGUGAUAUUUUUUGGAAAGAAAAUGAUAGCCAAAUAAGCCAAUGUAGAUUCGUAUUUGACUUGACUAAUCUUGAUGGAAACUUUGCUAAAUAAUACAGAAAAAAGAAUAUCCAUUAGGCUAUUUCUUCUAUCAUUUAUAAUUGGUGAAGAACUAUUCCAAAUACUUUUGCAGAGUUUUGACCGGCUGCAUCAUCCCUAUUUGAAAAAGACUAAUGGAGGAAGUACUAUGACUGUUAUAUUUAAUUCAAGAAUAUGUACUGAUGUUGAGUUUGAUAAAGGGGACCUCAUCCGCAUUUACCCUCCUUGGAAGGAGGUACAUACCAAAGAAAAUGAUGAGGUUGUGCUUUUAUCUAGAUAUUUCUUGAGAAUAGGCUCUGAUCAAAUGACCGUUUCAGUGUGACGAGAAAUGGCAGAAUAAGGUAAGCUGAUCUCCAUGUUUUUGUUCGCCGCGGAUUAGUGAGCUCUCUACUAAUGUGCUUUCUACCCAUCAUACGUUAGGCCGUUAGUCUAUAAUGUGCGCAAUGUGCAUCUAUCAACUGGGAAUUAUGGACACAUUUAUAGGCUGCUUUAGCCUUUGUGUUUUCGUAUUAGUUGUGUAAAAAGAUGUGCGGAGGACAAAAAUGGAAAACAGUGGUCCUUCAAAUUAGAAGAAGCUUGACCUUACAAUAACCAAACUAAUCUCCC